ACCAUGCUCACGCUCGGAAUGUACAACCCGCAGAGCCUGCCGCCCUGGCGCGAGGAGCUCGUGAGGCAGGCCAUGCGCAACUUCGACAUUGCAGUGCUGCCAGGGACUCAGCAGCGCCAGCGUGACCCUGACGUGCCCGUGACUGCGAUCCGCACUAGCAAACAUCUCGCGGUCAGUUGGGGCUGGAGCAGAGGAAUAUUCACAAACAAGAGCUGCGGGAUCACGAGGCUCCUGGGCCGAAAGGUACGCCGAGCUUGCAUCCGCCAGAUCUACAGCCCACCGCCCAAGCUCGGCAUCACUGGACGAGUCGGAGGCAUAAAGGUUGCGACGGCGACCUCCCCCAUCCUCCUCUUCGGGGUAUACCUCACGCCGUCGGGCUCUCACCAGGAGAGGGCCGAGGCCAGGCAGCGCAUCCUGGGCUGGGUCACGGACGUGAUGGCCCAGGUGGGCAGUCGAUAUCUGGUGGUUGUGGCUGGCGAUUUCAACGAACAGCUAGGGUUCGAGCACCAGGGCGAGGUCGCUGGCAGGCAUGGACAACAUAGACGCUCUAGGCUGGUACCCUGGCUGCGAGGAUGGGCCGAGACGAACUACAUGACAGCAGCGAGCACACAUUUUCGAUUGCCAGCGAGUUACCACGGAGAGCAUCGCAACAGCUGGAUCGACCGCGUCUUCGUUCCCACUACGGCGAUGAGGUUCGUGCCGAUGAUCAGGAUGCGACCUGGCCUGGUGAGGACGGUGGCGCCGUUCCCUACUGCCGAGCUGCGGGAUCACUGUCCCAUGGAGAUCCACCUGCAGUACCAGUUGGGCUACGCGCAGAGGCAAGGGGGCGCACAGAGGCUGGAUAGGGACAUGAUGAAGCGCUGUCUGUCUCGCGGAGUACUGCGACGAGAGUUCUGUCACGCAGUGGAGGCGAACUUGCAGGCCGACGCUGCGGGAUGGGACGAGGCAGACAACGACCCCACGCCAGAGACAAAGCACCAUAUAUUCACGGCGGCGCUGCGGGAGGCGGCGGGGGCGGUCUUCCCCGCGAGCCAGCGGCGUGGCGACCAGUACCGCGAGCUGUCGGAGCAGCGCGUGGCGGAGCUCGAGCGCAGGGCCAAGGUCGCACAGGACCCCGAAGAGCUGCACAGGCGCCGCGUCCAGCAGUCGGACCAGCAGAGCUUCACUUACCGCGUCGACAGGUGCCGCACUCCCGUCCCAGAGAUAGCGGAUACCCGUGGCCCCUCGCAGCGCCCUGCUUGGACCCGCGCGGAGCUGGAGUCUCUGUGCGGCACUCCACCUGGCGACUCGGGGUCGCGGGAAUCGCUGGAGGGUCGGGGGGAGGGCAUCCGCGAGCGUGCGUGCAUGGCGGCGAACUGCGCGCAGGGCGCCGCCGAGUGGAAGGAGGGCAUGGCCAAGUCGGGGGUCGCGGGAGGCAUGAGAGCGAGAGAGACCAGCUGGGGCGCUCACAUGGACAAGGCAAAUGAGAGGGGAGAGACAUUACGAGCAUUGGGAAUGUGGAGGGACCCAGUACACGACAACAGCCUUCAUGACGAGGUUCGCCACGACCUGGAGUCCAUUCAGAAGUACUGCCGAAGAGCGCCAAGAAGAAAGACUUUUCCAGAGUGGGGCGCGUGCGCCGAGAUGAUGGCGAUCUGCUCUGCGCAGAUGGAGAGGAUUGACAGUAUGGGCAUGGGCCUAGGGUUCGUGGACUCCGAGCCGAUCACGGUAGACAACUUCGACUACUGCUUGUGGGACCGACUGAUGGGCACGAGAGCAGCGCUGCUCUCUCUCCAGUCGGCUUGCUGGAGGCUGCGCGGCGCCAACAUUUCGGUGGUGCAACAGAACUGGGAUGCGGCAGGCGCUUUCCACGCGAUCAAGUGGGAGCACUGGAACGUUCGCGCGGGCUCCAGGCUGCAGGCUAACGACAAGCCGUACUUUGCCCAGCUGCUCAGCGACUUGUGCGUCACGGUGACGACGCCGGACGGCGCGGUGGAGUUCACGCCAGAGGAGGGAAGAGCUAUGGGGGGCAGCCUGAUCCCGUGGGGGUUCGUCGCGGCGUACUCCGCAGCCGUGGGCGACGCGUUCGAGAACCUGAAGGAGGAGGAAGAGAGCUACAGGUGGCUGGAGACGACGGUCCCAGGCGGGGGAGACACGGUGUACGACAUAGGCGCGGCGGCGUUCGUGGACGACGCCACCAGGAUCACUCCCAUCCCCAACUCCGCCACGGGCAACGACAUCGUCCUGCGCCUCAACCGCGCUACGGCCACCAUCAAUAAGGAGAUCAGCGCCCAGGGAGGAGGACUCGACGAGGACGAGACGGUGAGCACGCUGGGGCUAAGAGGGCUAGGAGCAACGACAGCGACGAGGAAGGUGGGAAACUCAAAGGCGCUGAAGGGGACCGCGGCCAGGAGUGCAAGGCUACUUGGACCCGUCGUGGCGGCCGACCUGGCGGUGCACGACGAGGUAAAGGCCAGGAUGCGUGCUGCUACGAGAGGCUGGUACAACAUGGGCUCCACUUGGUACCGCGAGGCCCCGCUGCGAUGCGCCAGACUACAGUUCAUUAGCUACGUGUACGAGGCGGCGCUGUCCGCGCUUCACGUGCUGCUGCUCACUCCCAGCCAGAUUGGACGACUGACCAAGGUGCUGACGAAGCUGCUGCGAUCGCUGCUGGGAGGUGUGGCAGUACUGGAAUACUGGAAGUUGGCGAAGCCCGAGCUGGAACUACGGGUGCACCGGCUGCGACUAUUCCGGCGGAUGGCGAGGUUCCCAGAGGCGCACCACCAGGCGAUCGCGGCGGUGUUCGGCCAGUGCAGGUUUGAGGAGGAGAUGGGCAUUACCAGGGUUGGAGCAGACGGAUGGUCGGUGCCUGCGCCCACUCCGCGGCGUCUACAGCUGGAGGCGGGCCUGACCGAGAUGGGGCGCGUCAGCGGCGACUGCCGCGACAUGUGGGAUAAUUUGCAGGAGGCCCCUGGCGGCAUGCUGGACCUGUUUUUCGAGGGCGAGGUCCGCGAUCAGUUCGUGGAGCUGGACCUGAGGGUCCUGCGCACGGCGGCCUUUGCCGCGCAGGUUCCUCCGACCGACUACUGGGGCGGGGAGGGCGCGACCCUGGGUGCGGCAGCCCAGGAAGUACUGGAGCAGCCACCCGAGGCGUACUGUUGCAACGAAGCAAUCGACGG